GCUCUACACUUCAAAAAUGGCGAACCGCACGGUGAAAGACGCGAAGUCUAUUCGCGGUACAAAUCCACAAUAUUUAGUGGAAAAAAUAAUCAGAUCACGAAUAUACGAUUCGAAAUAUUGGAAAGAAGAAUGUUUCGCGUUAACCGCCGAACUUUUAGUCGACAAAGCGAUGGAGUUAAAGUAUAUCGGGGGAGUGUUUGGCGGCAAUGUAAAGCCAACGCCGUUCCUCUGUUUGAUUCUGAAAAUGCUUCAAAUUCAACCAGAAAAAGAUAUCAUCGUAGAAUUCAUCAAAAACGAAGAAUUUAAGUACGUACGUGCCCUAGGGGCUCUGUAUAUGCGACUAACUGGCACAUCUGUCGAUUGCUACAAAUAUUUGGAACCUUUAUUCAACGACAAUAGAAAAUUAAGACGACAGAAUAAGCAGGGUCAAUAUGAAUUGAUCCAUAUGGAUGAAUUUAUUGAUGAGCUACUCAGAGAGGAAAGAUCGUGCGAUGUUAUUUUACCCAGAAUACAGAAGCGCCAUGUUCUGGAAGAAAAUAAUGAAAUAGAGGGAAAAAUAUCUGCACUUGAGGAUGACAUGGACGAGGGGAUUGAGUCUUCAGAUGACGAAGAUGUGCCGGUAGUAAAAGAAGAAGUUCGUAAGCGUACAGAAGACUUUGAGAGAGAACGUCACAGGGACCGAGAAAAGAGACAUGCCCGACCUGAGAAAAAAGCAGAAAGGGAAAAACGGCGGUCCAGAAGUAGGGAGCGGGAAAGAGACAGGAGGGAACGUAAACGAAGCAAAUCUCCUAAACUGUAUUCUUCAUCUUCGUCACACAAAGACAAAGACCGUGAUAAGGAUAGGCACAGAAGGGACGACAGGGAGAAAGAAAGAGACCGAGAUCGUCGAAGAGAACGAGAGCGACCUAGGCACUGACGUACCUGACUGUGAGAGAAAACGAAUUUGUCAUGAAAAAUUAAUACCAAAUUGUCAUUUCUGUAAGUUACUUCAAAUUUGUAUGACUAACGAGAUAAACUUGUACACCUUGAUUAUAAAAAAAAUUCUGUAUCAUAACAAUA